AUGGAACCUCUCAGAAUCGCAGUGGCAGGAUUAGGACGAAUGGGUCGUCGCCAUGUUCAGAACCUCAUCUACCGCGUCCCGAGAGCCUCUGUAGUGGCAGUUUGUAGUACCGAAGCCCACGAGCUGGAUUGGGCGCGCUCCUUUGAGGAAUACAAGGAGUUCAACGUCACAGUGUACGGCUCGUAUGAGGAGAUGCUCUCCCACCCGGGGCUUCAAGCUGUGUGGAUCUCCACCAGCACCGAUGUCCACGCAAGCCAAACAUUAGCAGCUAUUAAGAAGGGUCUCCACGUGCUGUGUGAGAAGCCCUUGAGUACGAAGAUGGAUGAGAUUGCAGCCUGCGUCGACGCCGCCAAAGCCCGUCCAGACCUCAAAGUCAUGGCCGGCUUCUCCCGCCGCUUCGAUGCCUCCUACCGCGACGCCGCCACCAAGAUCUUCGACAACAAGGCCAUCGGCAGCCCCUUCAUCGUUCGCUCCAACACGUGCGACCUCCUCGACAACACCGGCUUCUUCGUGCGCUACGCCCCGCGCAACGGCGGCAUCUUUGUCGACUGCGCCAUCCACGACAUUGACCUCUCACUGUGGUACCUCUCUGACCCGAUUCCAAAGUCGUGCUGGGCGACGGGCACGCUGCAGCACCACCCGGAGCUCGCGCAGAUGAACGACGUCGAUAACGGCGUCGGCGUCGUUGAGUUUUGGGGCGGCAAGAUUGCCUACUUUUAUUGCUCGCGCACGCAGGCCCACGGUCACGACGUGUGUACCGAGAUUACGGGCACUGAGGGGAAAGUCUCGGUGAAUGUUGUGCCGAGGGCCAAUAAUGUCGUUGUCGCGGAUAAGCUUGGUAUCCGGAAUGAGGUGCAGCCUGAGUACUGGCAGCGCUUUGAAGACGCUUUUGCGCUGGAGGCGAAUGAGUUCACUGAGUCGGUUCUCAGGAACAAGCCAGUUCCGCUGCCUCUUGAGAAGGGUGUCAAGGUUAUGGAGAUUGGCCGCGCUUUGCAGGACGCUCUUCUCACAGGAGAGGUUCAGAGGUUUAAUGAAAAGGGAGAGCGUAUCUAG